UUCAACAUUAACUGGGACAGCAGAAACUGAGAAAGCAGAAAAUAUGUCAUUAUGUGACACCCACUGACAAGUCUGCUGUGACAGGAACACCAUUCAGAAUGUGACCGUGGUCAAAAGAGAUACCUGUAACCCUUUUUCUACAACAUUUCUUCCAAUGCCGGAGGUUAGAAUAUGUGUGACUCCUCGGGAGGCAUUAGUGGAUGAAGAAGUCGUUGUCAGGGUAGAUGGUCUACCUAAAAAGGGGAACAUAACAAUCAAAGCUUCGCUACAGGAGGGGAUUAACUGUUUUACAUCUUAUGGGUGUUACACAGCUACAGAACGGGGCCAUGUAGCCGUGGGGGAUCAGGCCUCAGUGCAAGGAACAUACACAGGUGUGGAACCAAUGGGACUAUUUUGGAGCAUGAAACCUGAACCAAAGAGACCAAAUGCUAGACUACUGAAGAAAGAUGUAACGACACCUAUGGUGGUGAAAUUUUCAGUGUUUGAAGGCCACCUUACUUGGAAAAACUUGUUUGAUACAGUCCAGAAACCUCUGGCUACCUUGGAUGUAUACAGAUGGUACAAACACAAGAGUGUUCGAAGAGAGGAAGUAAAAUAUAAGAAGAUUAGAGGAGCACUGUUUAUUCCUCCUGGCCCUGGUCCUUUCCCUGGUGUGAUUGAUUUGUUUGGAAACAGUGGAGGGCUGAUUCAACAUCGGGCUGCUCUACUCGCCUCCAGAGGGUUUUGUGUUUUUGCUCUGGCGUAUCUUGCUUAUGAUGAUUUACCAGUAACAUUAAAAGAUGUUUCAUUGGAUUAUUUCAUUGAUAGUGCUAGAUGGUUUGCUGGGAGACCAAACAUACAGAGCAACAGGAUAGGUGUAUUAGCAACAUCCAAAGGUGGAAUGUAUGCCUUGGAGCUUUGCAGGCAUUUGUCACAGAUCAAAGCUAUAGCAUUGGUCAAUGGAGUCACUUUUUAUGCAGAUGAACCCUUGAAGUACAAAACAGAAUACAUACAAAGUGCACCAAAUUUUAUGAAUCAAGUAAAGGUAACCAAUGAGGGAAUGGACAUAUUAGGGUUCUAUAACCCAACAGACGAAUACUAUAUUAAAGCAUGGGAAAGUGAAGCUUGUGUGUUGUGUAUUGUUGGAGAAGAUGACCAUACUUUAAGUUAUAGUAUUACUGAACGUUUCAUGGAACUAAUACCCUCGGAUCAUCAACAUCGAUUUGAGUUGGUGAAAUAUCCAAAUGCUGGGCACCUUAUAGAACCGCCAUACUCUCCACACUGUAGGGUUUCAUUUAAUAGAUAUAAUAAGAAAAACAACACUAUAUGGGGAGGACAUACAAAGAGCCAUAGCUAUGCUCAAGAAGAUUCAUGGAGGCGGAUUAUAGCAUUUUUGUCCCAUUACCUUAAAACUGAUAAACACCUUCAGGACCAAUUAAGAUACUCGACCAGUAAACUAUGAGGUGACUUUGAAGCAUCAACUCAGACAUUCAAAUUUUUAACUGAUGAAACUAGUAUUUUUAUUUACAGAUGCAAAGGGAAGAGUUUGUAUCAUAAAAACAAAAAUAUCUUGCGUUAAGUUUUGGAAAGUAUCUGGAAAUUUCAAACUGUAAAUGUAUGUAAGUGAAAGUAUAUAGUUUGUUUAAGAUAUUGAAAAUGAAAACUUUAAAAAUAUAUGAAUGUAUUAAUUUAAUGAAAAUUUCAAAUUCCUGCUAGACUCAGACUGAUCUCCAGUUAAUUAAGCCAAUUCUGUAAGCCACUGUUACCCAGAUUGUGUAGUUGAAUUUUGUCUUUACUACACUGUAUACUAUUGUGACCUUGCAGGAUAUAAGUAACAAUUAUUUUGAUAUUCUCUUACAGUUAGAUAUUUAACUAAAUACUCUUACUAAUUUGAGGCUCCUCAGUAUAUAGUGUGCCAUGUAUAGAAGGUUUUUUUUACUCCUAAAUGAUAUUUUUCAAUCACAGUAUAUUGCAGCAUAAUUUAUUUUGAGUGCGUAAUAAAUAUACAGUUUGUCUUUUGUAUACAUAUUAUAGAUUAUGUAGCAUAAU